AAUUAUUUACUUCCCUCUAACAGAGCCUUGGCCAUGGCAGCUUCCAUGCCACUUCCCACUAUUCUUUCCCCAAACCCGACGGCCUUUCUCCCCAAAUUCCCAAUUCCGUUACCCCAAACACUCACCCUCAAAUCGACUUCCCUGAUCACCCUCAAGAGAUCGCUUCCUCAAAUUCAAGCUUGCAGAAAUGCCAUUGCUCCAGCUUUCGUGCACCAGGCCAUAAAUUUGGUCCAAUCCUCGCCCCCGACGUGGCAGUCCGCCGUCUUCAGCAAUGCUGUGAUAUUUACGUUGGGAUCCCCACUCCUCGCUCCUGGCCUAUCUCUUCCCGGCGUCGCCGCUGCCUUCUUGCUCGGCACAAUUACUUGGCGCGCUUUCGGCUCUCCCGGAUUCAUCCUCGUCGCCACGUAUUUUCUCAUUGGCACAGCUGUUACGAAAGUGAAAAUUGCUCAAAAGGAAGCUCAGGGGAUUGCUGAGAAAAGGAAAGGAAGGAGAGGGCCGGGUAGUGUGAUUGGAUCCAGUGCUGCAGGUUGUAUUUGUGCUCUCCUUUCUAUCUAUGGUAUUGGCGGGGUGGUCUUUAAUCGAUCAUGGGAACUUGGAUUUGUUGCUAGUUUCUGCACUAAACUGAGCGAUACUGUCUCAAGUGAGAUAGGGAAGGCGUACGGCAAAACAACUUAUCUAGUCACAACAUUCAAGAUAGUCCCAAGGGGGACUGAAGGGGCCGUUAGCGUCGAGGGAACUGUAGCUGGGCUUGCAGCUUCAAUUUUUCUUGCCUAUGUUGGUUAUCUGAUGGGCCUGAUAGAUGUGCCCAAAGCCAUCAUAUGUGUUGUUGCUUCCCAGAUUGCUAAUCUUGGAGAGAGCAUUAUCGGUGCUGUACUUCAGGGCAAAGAAGGUUUCCAAUGGCUUAACAAUGAUGCUGUCAAUGUAAUCAACAUAUCUCUGGGCUCGAUCUUGGCAAUCCUCAUGCAGCAACUAUUUCUCCUCCGUAGCUAGUGAACAUCACAACCCAUAUAUUCCCAUGCCUAAUCCAGAAAAUUAAUCAUGUCCAAGAAGCAGUAUGGUCCCAAUCUGGCUGAUGGAUCAAAAGGCCAUAACUUUAUAUGAUCUAGACGAAUGGACAUAAAUGGUGAAACGUUUGGCUGCAAUGCUCAGGUUUGCCCAUUUUCUUCAAUUUUACCAGAUGUGCCUCCAUUUAUGUCUCUUGAGUAGAGUAGGGCUAUGGUGUUUUGAAUCUUCUGCAUUGGCCAUUCCUGUGAUCGUAAUUAUAUAAUUUGUUCAUGUAACCAUCUAAUCAUACUGUUUAAGGGAAAAUGGGAAUGUUGGGGAGGCCGUUGGUGUCAGUUAUAUACCUUUCUAGUGAUAUAUAUGUUCAUUGGUUGUGUCUGCUAUAAAUAUUUUUCUCAAGGAAUUUAGUGCCAUCCGUGAUCUCCCAAGAUCCGGACACACUAUUUUCCUCGAGAGUUUGAGUGUAUUCUUUUGGUACUAUUUUUUUUUUCACUUUU